AUGCUAGGACUUGCCAAAAGAAUCAAUGCAAGGUUACAAGUACAAGUGAGGUUUAUGGAGACCCUCUUGGGGAUACUCAAAAGGAAUCCAAAGAGGCCGGUUGUUGCCGGAGAGGAGGUUUCAGUUGCCAUUGACGGGGAGGAGGUUUCAGUUGCUGUUGACGGGGAGGAGGAUUCCGUUGUUGUCGACAGAGAUGAGGUUUCUGUUGGUGUCGACGGAGAGGAGGUUUCUGUUGGUGUCAACGGAGAGGAGGUUUCUAUUGCUAUCGACGAAGAGGAGGUUUAUGUUGCUGUUGACAGAGAGGAGGUUUCUGUUGCUGUCGAUAGGGAGGAGGUUUAUGUUGCUGUCGACGGAGAGGAGGUUUUCGUUGCUGUCGACGAAGAGGAGUUUUCCGUUGCUGUCGACGGAGAGGAGGUUUCUGUUGCUGUCGACGGAGAGGAGGUUUAUGUUGUUGUCGACGGAGAGGAGGUUUCUGUUGCUGUCGGCGGAGAGGAGGUUUCUGUUGCUGUCGACGGAGAGGAGGUUUCUGUUGUUGUUGACAGGGAGGAGAGAGAAGGUUUCUGUUACCGUCGCGGAGAGGAGGUUUUUGCUGUUGACGGAUAUGAGGUUUCUGUUGCUGUCGACGGAGAGGAGGUUUCUGUUGUUGUCGACGGAGAUGAGGUUUCUGUUGCUGUCGACGAAAAGGAGGUUUCUGUUGCUGUUGUUGAAGAGGAUUCUGAGGUUUUCGCUGUUGUCGACGGAGUGGAGGUUUCUGUUGUUGUUGACGGAGAGGAGUUUUUUGUUGCUGUCGCCGGAGAUGAGGUUUUUGUUGAUGUUGUUGAAGAGGAUUCUGUUAUUGCUUCGAAUAUAGCUCAAAUCUAG